CGAGCCUCAGUUAACUGGCUCUACCUGCAUCCGCGACUCUACCUCCAGCCAUUACUCGGUCCGACACGACGCGCAAACACAAUGGCUGCCACACCAGAUAUUUCUGCGAUACUGCAAGCACUGGCUCAGCAGCAACAAUCGCAAACACCAGCACAGGCCCCACCUCCGGCGGCGCCUGCUCAUCAACCCCCUCCACCCGGGUUACCUGCAGGGCUUCCCGGCGCAUUGCAGAACCCUACGCCACCAGCUAUUCCCGGAUUUCCACUGCCACAGCCGACUAGCACGGGCACCGUUGACAUUGGUGCCAUCCGCCCAGUUUCUACCGGCACCGUGAACAUCCAAGAUGCGCUGGCAAAGGCGCGUGGAUUUGCGGCUGAUAAAGGACUCUCUUCAUACAACGGAUCGCGUUCAGCAGCCACAGAAGAUCCCCGGCUGAGCGGCCGUUCCUAUCGACGCUCGCGUUCCCGCUCGCGAUCGCCUGUACGACAUAGUAACGUGCGAGAUAGCUAUAACCCAUAUCGAGAUGAGCGACGAGAGGACCCGCGGCGUGGCGGUAUUGGAUAUGGCAGGGAUCGUUCACGCUCCCCUCGUGGUCGUCACACUUUCUCUCCUCCGCGGGGAAUGGGAGGACGUGAUCGUACACCUCCGCCUAGUGACAAUUCAGAGAUUAUACUGAUUGAAUCAUCUUUGGUAGGUCUCGUGAUCGGACGCCAGGGUGAAAGUUUGCGUCGCAUUGAACAGGAAUCCGGCACCAGAAUCCAGUUCAUCAAUGGCCCAGAUAGCGGCCCUCAGCGACAGUGCCGUAUCACUGGCAAUCCAAGUGCGCGAAUUACUGCAAAACGGGAAAUCAACCGCAUAAUUGAAGAGAACGGCGGUAAUCCUGCUCGUGAGACUGGCCGUGGUGCACGCGGUGGGGCUGCAGCAAAGAGUUUGCCCGCGCUACGCGAAGGCGAACAGUCUUCCCAGAUCAUGGUUCCUGAUCGUACUGUUGGCCUCAUCAUUGGUCGUGGCGGCGAAACCAUACGUGACCUGCAAGAGCGUAGUGGUUGCCAUGUCAACAUCGUAGGUGAAAGCAAGAGCGUGAACGGACUACGCCCCGUGAACCUUAUUGGAAGUCCUGCUGCUGCCGCCCGAGCCAAAGAGCUCAUCAUGGAGAUUGUUGACAGUGAUACCAAAGUUGGAGAGGGUCCUGGACAGCCGGCUCCGAGACGUGACCUGGAUCCUUACAGUACAGGACCUGGUAAGAUUACCGAGUCGAUCUACGUGCCUUCUGAAGCCGUCGGUAUGAUUAUUGGGAAAGGCGGUGAAACAAUCAAGGAAAUGCAGCACACCACUGGAUGCAAGAUCAACGUCUCUCAAGCGUCAGGGGCGGACAUUGAACGUGAGAUCGGGCUGGUUGGCACUCGUCAGGCCAUCGAUGACGCAAAGAAGGCUAUCUGGGACAAGGUCGAAUCAGUGGCACAGAAGGACAGGCAAGGCGGCGGGCCGGGCCGUCGUGGUGGACGUGAUGGCGCAGGUUAUGGUGAUGCGUACUCACACCAACAACAGCCAGCAUACGGCCAAGCUCAUGCCGGGGCCCAGGGCGCAGCACCCGCACAAGGGAAUGUUGCCGCUGAUCCAUAUGCCCCGUAUGGCGGCUACGAAAACUAUCUCGCGAUGUGGUACUCGUCGCUGGCGGCGCAGCAACAGCAGCCAGGCGGCCAGGGGGGUCAACCUCCGGGGAGUGCCUAAGAGCCGUCAUUUUACCGCCGUGACGUUGAUGCACAUGCCGCUGAGAUCCUGACGAUUGAUGCUUACUUGCAUUUCCGCUUUUAAGGGUGUACAUGACUUGUGGCUUGUCCGCUUUCUCCCUUCGCUACCUGGACGUACCUCCGACGACUGACUGCGUAAUACUUGUGGAUGACUUGUCUUGAAUCCUCAAUGACCGCAGCGAUGCUAUGGAACUACAGCCCUUUUGGAACCGGAUUUGAGACUACAGAUGCUUGCCAUGUAUGACUGGUUGAC